UGGAGUGCUUAUCAAAAAGUGUGCAAUAGAAAUGGCGAAACAAUUCAAUGAAUUAAAAGUUGCCGAAAAAUUUGAAACAGUCUCAGUAUCGCAUCAAACAAUUGCGAGACGGGUGGACCAUAUCAAUGAACAUGUAUCUAAAAAAUUGCGUGACGUGGUUGAAAAAUGUAAAUAUUUUUCGCUAUGCCUGGAUGAGAGCACUGAUCUGUCUGACAUUAGCCAGCUUGUAAUUUUUAUCCGAACUAUUCAAGACGACUUCAGUGUAGCAGAGGAGAUGCUUGUCCUUAUUCCUCUCCAUGGUACAACCAAGGGUACAGAUAUUUUUGAAGCUGUGAAUAAGUUGGUGUCAGACUACGGGGGAUUUGAUAAAUGUUCCUGUAUUGUCACUGAUGGCGCCAGAGCUAUGACAGGGACUGAAAUUGGAUUUGCAGGACUAUUGAAACAAAACAGCAUCAACUGUCCUAUGAUACAUUGUAUUGUUCACCUAGAGAGCUUAUGUGGAAAAUCCUUACGUCAAAUAAAUGUCAUGAAAGUAGCUGUUAAAAUAACUAAUAUUGUUAGAGGGGGCAAUCGUGCUUUGACUCACAGAAAGUUUCGUGAUUUUUUGGCCUAAGUGGACAUAUGGGGACUUGUUACUUCACACCGAUGUUCGUUGGUUAAGCGCCGGAAAGUAUUUGCAACGAUUUUUCGAUCUACGCAAGGAAAUUCCUAUUUUCCUUAAAAAUGAAGUGAAGUCCGA